AUGAAUUGCAAGGCGGUAACCAUCAGUUUGUUGCUACUGCUACUCUUAACAAGAGUAUAUAUUCAACCGACAUUUUCAUUAAUUUCAGAUUGCGACGAAACUUUCAACUACUGGGAGCCACUAAAUUUAUUGGUACGUGGAUUUGGAAAACAAACUUGGGAAUACUCUCCUGAAUAUUCUAUAAGAUCAUGGGCUUUCCUGUUACCUUUUUACUGUAUUCUUUAUCCAAUAAACAAGUUUACUGAGCUUGAAAGCCAGUGGAACUUUUUUAUCACGAGAGCUUGCCUAGGCUUUUUUAGUUUCAUAAUGGAAUUUAAACUACAUCGUGAAAUUGCCGGCACAUUGACUUUGCAAAUUGCAAAUAUCUGGAUUAUUUUCCAACUGUUUAAUCCGGGCUGGUUCCACGCAUCUGUUGAAUUAUUACCAUCCGCCGUUGCCAUGUUAUUGUAUGUAGGUGCUACUACACACUCCUUGCGUUAUCUAUCUACUGGGUCUACUUCAAAUUUUACUAAAAGUUUAGCGUACAAUUUCCUAGCUAGUAUACUUGGCUGGCCAUUUGUUUUAGUCUUGAGUCUACCAUUAUGCUUACAUUACCUUUUCAACCAUAGAAUAAUUUCCACCAUUAGGACUGCAUUCGAUUGCUGCCUAAUAUUCUCCCUAACUGCAUUUACUGUUGUUGUUACUGAUAGUAUUUUUUAUGGAAAGCUUGCACCUGUGUCAUGGAAUAUCUUAUUUUACAAUGUCAUUAAUGCAAAUGAAGAAACUGGCCCAAACAUUUUCGGUGUUGAGCCAUGGUACUACUAUCCACUAAACUUGAUGCUGAAUUUCCCAUUGCCUGUGUUGGUUUUAGCUACUUUUGGAAUCUUCCAUUUGAGAUUAUGGCCUUUAUGGGCUUCCUUAUUCACAUGGAUCGCGAUCUUUGUCCAGCAACCUCACAAAGAGGAAAGGUUUCUUUAUCCAAUUUAUGGAUUGAUCACCCUUAGUGCAAGUAUAGCUUUUUACAAAGUUUUGACUUUAUUUAAUAGAAAGCAAAUUUUAAAAAAAGGAAUAAAAUCAUCAGUUCUAUUGAUUGUUGCGGGACAGGCAAUGUCACGUAUAAUAGCUUUGGUCAACAAUUACACAGCUCCAAUAGCCGUUUAUGAACAAUUUUCUUCACUAAAUCAAGGUAAUGUAGAAUCACCGGUGGUGAACGUAUGCACAGGCCGUGAAUGGUAUCACUUCCCAAAUUCUUUCCUGCUGCCAGAUAAUCACAGAUUAAGAUUUGUAAAAUCUGGAUUUGACGGUCUUCUUCCAGGAGAUUUUCCAGAGAAUGGAUCUAUCUUCAAAAAGAUUAGAACUACACCCAAGGGAAUGAAUAACAAAAACAUAUAUGAUACUGGUAAAGAGUGGCCAAUUGCUAAGUGCGAUUACUUUAUUGACAUUGUAACCCCAAUAAAUCUAACAAAAGACGUUUUCAAUCCUUUACAUCUCAUGGACAACUGGAAUAAACUGGCAUGUGCCGCAUUCAUCGACGGUGAGAAUUCUAAAAUCUUUGGUAGAGCAUUCUAUAUGCCAGAGCUGAUCAACCAAGUUAUGCAAAGAGUUGCACCAAAACAAUGGAACAAAGUAUAUGGUGUUCAUUACAUCGAUUACUGUUUGUUUGAAAAACCAACUGAGACUAUUAAUUGA